AUGGCGUGCCUGCGUUUCCUCCUCCCCGUGGGCUUCCUCCUCCUCCUCCUCGCCAGCACCGUGGCCCGGGGGGAGUAUGCCGUGGUCCACGUGGUGUCAGAGAACUGGAGCAAGGACUACUGCGUCCUGUUCAGCUCCGAGUACGUCACCCUGCCACGAGACCUGCACCACGCCCCACUCCUGCCCCUGCAUGAUAACACCAUGGCACCCUGGUGCCCGGGCGAGGACACCUUCCAGCAGGCCCAGCACAGCUCCUUCAGCCAGCAGCCACUCCGCCACACCACCGCCAUGGUUAUGAGGGGCAACUGCAGCUUCUACGCCAAGGGCUGGCUGGCUCAGGGCCAAGGGGCCCACGGGCUGAUCGUUGUGAGCCAGGCCAGCAGCCAGCAGUGCUCAGACACCACGCCAGCACCCCAGGACCCCCACAAGCCCCUGCCACACCUCACCAUCCCCGUGGCUGUGCUCCGUUACACUGACAUGCUGGACAUCCUCAGCCACACCCACGGCAGCUCCAUUGUCCGCGUGGCCAUGUACGCGCCCCCAGAGCCCAUUCUUGACUACAACAUGGUGGUCAUCUUUAUCCUGGCUGUAGGCACCGUGGCCAUGGGUGGCUACUGGGCCGGCCGCACCGAGGCUGACCGGCUGCAGGGGCACCGGGCCCGAGGAGGAGGGGGGCCUGGCGGUCACCAUCGGCUGGAAGUGGUGGCAGCCGAGAGGGGGCAGGAGGAAGACGACAAGGAUGCACCAGUGGACUUCACGCCAGCCAUGACAGGUGCAGUGGUCACCACGUCCUGCUCCAUCAUGCUGUUGCUUUACUUCUUCUAUGACUGCUUUGUCUAUGUCAUGAUCGGGAUCUUCAGCCUGGGCGCUGGCACCGGCCUUUACAGCUGCCUGGCCCCGCUGGUGCGCCACCUGCCCCUGCAGCAAUGCCAGUGGCCCCUGCCUGGCCAUCGGGCCUGUCUCCAGCUGCCCCUGCUGCUGUUGGCCGGCCUGUGCAUGGUGGUGACCAUUCUCUGGGUGUCCUACCGCAACGAGGACAGCUGGGCGUGGCUCCUGCAGGACACGCUGGGUGUGGCCUACUGCCUCUUUGUCCUUCGGCAUGUGCGGCUACCCACACUCAAGAACGGUGCCUCCUUCCUGCUGGUCCUGCUGGCCUUUGACGUCUUCUUUGUCUUCGUCGUGCCCUUCUUCACCAGGACUGGCAAGAGCAUGAUGGUGGAGGUGGCCACGGGCCCAGCAGAUUCCUCAAGCCACGAGAGGCUGCCCAUGGUGCUCAAAGUGCCCAAGAUAAGCUUCUCGGCCUUGACUCUGUGUGACCAGCCUUUCUCCAUCCUCGGCUUUGGUGACAUCGUGGUCCCCGGCUUCCUGGUGGCCUACUGUCACCGCUUUGACGUCCAAGUCAGCUCACACCAGGUCUACUUCAUGGCCUGCACCUUGGCCUAUGCCAUGGGCCUGCUGGUCACUUUUAUUGCCAUGGUCCUCAUGCAGAUGGGCCAGCCCGCCCUGCUCUACCUAGUGUCCUGCACCCUGCUCACCAGCCUGGCCGUGGCCGCCUGCCGCCAAGAGCUCAGCCUCUUCUGGGUUGGCCAGGGCAAAGCCAAGAUGCCUGCCCAGGCUGUGGCAGGGCUCCAUGAAGCCCCUGCUGCUGGCUCCGAGCAGAAGCAGGAGGACAUGGCCGAUGUUCGGACAGCCAGUGAGUAUGAAGAGGCUACAGACCAAGGGGCAGUGGACUUAGACAGCAACCUUCGGGAGGACACGGCCGAGGUCCUCAUUGUAUCUGAGUAUGAAACCACUGGGGCAGAUGGCCCCAGUGACAGCUCUGAGGGCUGGAGUGAUGCCAACUUGGACCCUGAUGAGCUGCCCCCCAUCUCCCCUGGGGCCUCGGAGGAGCUGAUGCCGCUGAUGCCAAUGGCCAUGCUGAUUCCACUGGUUCCGCUGAUGCCACCCCCCUCAGAGCUGGGCCACGCCCAGGCCCAGGCCCAAGCCCACGAGGCCAGCCUGCCCUGGACGGGACUCCACAAGAGGAAGGGCUUCAAGGUAAAGAAGAGCAUGUCGACCCAGGCUCCGUUGUGA